AGUACUAUCGCGAGAGUUCUUUGGUUUUUGAAUUAUAUUGAAAGUUUCUGAACGAUUAUUGCCAUAGACAAAAUCAAAACUCGUCUCAAAUGUCAAAUAAUAGGAAUUGUUAUGUCAGUUAAGUCUACCAACACUGGAGAAUUCAACAUGUCGGACAAUGAGGAUUUAUUAGGCGAUGAUCUAUGUGACCAGAGCCUUGCUGACUAUAACCUCGGCAAUGAAGAAGAGGACCAGCUUUUGGCUGACGACUAUGAGAGUGGAUCGUCUCAAAAUGUGCCCACUUCAUUGGGACCAAGUUACGUGAACAGCGUUGAGAUGGUUCCUAAUGACUUUGUUAGUCAGCCUAUGGAGUAUAAUGCACCGUUAGCGUACCAACCAUUGGCGGAACCAGAAUGCGUGGUUCCUAACAUUACAGUGGAGGUCCCUAACACACCGUUAGUUCCACCUCCGGAGUUCCCGUUUGAACCUCAGCCGCCGUAUGGACCGGAGCUCGCCGUGGUGCCACCACCAAUUCCCGCAGCGGUUCCUAUUGAGUCAUCACAGAUUGUACCAUCAGAGUUGGUACCACCAGUUGCAAACGGAGAAGUGCGUCCGCGUUUCGUAUCCGAGCGCGCGGGAGCGAGACAGCCGCGCGUCAGGGAUAUCCCUGACAGUUUGGACAAAGUAAUAGUCCGUGGGCAGCGCGGGCGCGGCGGCUGGCGGCAGAGGUUCCCGCAUCCCUACCACAGGAACAACAUGCAUCGGGUAAACUUCAAUCACCGCCCGUCGUUCCCACCUCAUCAACUCAGGGCGAGUCCCCCUCAAAUUAGGCCGGAAAUAAGGCCGGAAAUGCCAGAAAUUCGACCAGACCCAGUUCCUAUCGCUCCACCGAUGCCUAUCAGGCCAGAGUUAUCGCCCGAACGACCGAUGCUUCAAGAAGUACCGUUUAGACCGGAAAACCCCCCAUUUAGACCGGAAAACCCACAAAACCCCCCAUUAAGACCUGACAAUCCCCCAUUUAGACAGGAAAACCCUUCUUUUAGACCAGAACCGCUAUUUGGGCCCGAGAAUCCACAAUUCAGGCCAGAAAACCCUCCAUUCGGUCCAAACUUCCGCUUUCAAUUCCGCCCUGAAGAGAGGAAUUUCCGCCCCAAUUUCAACCCCUAUCCCCGUCAAUUUGGGCCUCGGCAUUUUGGACCCCCGAUCAGGGAGAUAGCCCCAAAUAAUGUCAGUCAUAUGCCCCAAGUGACGAUUAGGCAACCUUUGCCUGUAGGGCGGGAGCCUGAAGUGAGAAUGUUGCCCUUACAGUUACCCCCUAAUUUACCCCCUGGGGGAUUAGCUGGGAAGAAAGUGCUCAUCAAUCCGCAUUUCAAAGGGAAUUUUCAGCCUCCUGUUGAAGGUCUCCCGCCGGCCUACAUUCCGACUCGAAUCAACAAGUCACCGCCAAUAAGCCCUACAUUGGAGAGCAAAUUCGGACCAAUAAAAGACAUAGAUGACGCAGCGGAAAGAUUCAUAGCAGAACAACGCAACGCACUCGCUCGCGCAGCUACGAGGAAAUUCAGGAGGUCGCCACAGAGAUACAUAGAGAACACAACGAUAGAGAUAGAAAAUGAAUUGGCUGCGCCGACGCCGGUGCGUAGGAACAGUGAUGAUGAGCUGUUGAGGAGGCAGGAGGAGUUUAUAAAUGCAAAUAGAGCUGGAUUGAGGAGACGCAUGCGAACUCCAUCGCCGGAAACGCCACGAGAACCACUUCGAGAACCACCGCGAGAACCUCGGGACAUCAGACGCAGGUCUCUGUCGCCGCGACGCAGCCCCGAGAGGAGAAGGACCUCGCCUGUCAGAGACGAGGAAAGUGAAUAUCGGCGUAAAAUGCGCGAACAAGAGAAUCUUCGCGAGCGAGUGUUGCGCGCGAAAGAGUUCAGGCGGAGGAAGAACGCUGUAGCGGCCACACAGACCAGCCAGAACUCCAAGAGUAAUGACGACGCGGCGAGAAACAGAGAUCGCGACCGUCAAGAGAGAGACAAAGAACCCAAGCCGAAGACAGAAGAUAGACCGGUGGCGGGGGAGAUGGAGAUAGAGAUGGAGAUGGCGGUGAAGCCCGACUCCACGGAGAAGGAGAAGCUCAGGGCGAGGUCGCCGGUGCGGAGCGCUGAGGUCAACUCCACCAGCGAAACAUUAACACCGCCACGAGAAAAUCUCCCCAAAACAACGACCCCAGAACCGGCAAUGACCCCGCCACUGCCCGAGAAACUCGACAAGUCCGCCGAGAAAUCCACGGACAGGUUGAUGGACAGUGAUGACGAUCUGGAUCUAAUUUUGGGGGAUAUUGACGGCAUAUUGUCGGACGACGAAGAUUCAGGACGGUUUAAAGACAAGGCUAUGAAAUCAGAUACGACGCCUUCCAAAACAACAGAUCUUCGCAAUAAAUUACCUCCAAGGCCGAUCGCCAAUGUCGACAAACAACCGAAACAGAGGAUCGUAUUCAAUGAUGCUAAAAAGAAAGGCGCGUCUCCCCCGCGUCGCGCGGCCGUCAGCUCCACCGCUGUUGAAAACAUCGAGUCUGAAGCUAAUAAGACUAAACAGAAACUCGAAGUCAACACAAAUAAGUCACGAGCAAGAAUAAUUUUUGAACGUAAAGAGCAACAACAACAACAACAACAACAACAGGAAAAGAAAGAUACAGCCGAGGACCGUAAGCCUCAAACAUUCGCCAACCGGCGCGUCAUACUCCAAACGAAACUAACGCAACAGAAGGAAAAAUCUGUAUUCUCCCGGAUCGAAAAAACGGAUCCGAGCAAACCGAAUCCGUGUAUUUUCAGCCGGGCGGUUCGGACCGCAAUCGGCGGCGAGAAAACCCGGAUAGUUGUCAAAAAGGAUGAGCCUACAGUUGAAUACGGCACGGAUGAUACGGAUGAGGAAAUUUUGACGGCUCUCGUCAGUAACUUGCCCGACGGAAUGACUGAUACCAGGUUGAAAACGCUCGCUGGGAGCGAUGUGCAGACGCUAAUAUUGGAUAAAGAUGGCUGUUCAGCGAAGAUAACCUUCAAAUCUUCAACGGGCGCGGAAUUGUUCAAGAAGAAAUUUCACAACAAAAUGGUGUCGAAAAGCAGGUUGAUCGUCAAAUUGACUUGAAUACAGAAGUUAAUAUACGCUGUCUUUAAAAUACAUUGUCUUUUUUCCUCGCAAAAGACUUGUAAAGCUGUUUUGUUGCAAAAUACAGGUACGGUAAUAAAUUAUGAGAUGUGUACACUCUAUUUAGGAAAUGUGUAAUUUUGUUUGGUAAUUAAGGUGAUAUUUAGAUUGUGGAAAUAUGUUCGUUGAAAAAAAAUUUUUUUUUUUUAUUAUUUCGGAAAAGAAGUGUAAAAUUUAUUUCAAAGUAGUUGUAUGUUUUGUAUUGCUUCGGUAUACAUAUUCUGAUAAAGUAUCUCGUAAGAACUUAACAACUGUUAAUAUUUGAAUAUAUAUUGAUUGUUGUUAUGAUCGGAUACUAAAAUUACUGAAUAUAAAAGUUUAUAAGGAUUAAUAAGCGCUAAUGAAUGUUUGUAUCUCUUGCAGUUAACAAUAUUUUUAUUGCAUCGAAUUCUCUUGUGGUGUAUAGUAGGAGUGCUUAUUACAUAAUAUUGUACGGACCGUUCAUAUUUAUUUCAUUUCUGAUAUAUGAUAACUUAAAAACUACUUUUAGCGAAUCAUAUUUUUUUUUAUAUAUAGAUAAUAGAAUUACUUGCUUUUGUUACAUUAAAAAAAAUAUAAAAAUUCGCUUAAAAGUCUCAAAAAUAGAAGAUAGUAAAUGUUUAUUCGUAAUAAAAAAUUUUGCAUAAUAACAUUUUUUUUUACGAAUUACGGAUGAUUAUGAUGCUAAAAGGUAUCACACAGCAAGCGCCACGAAAGCAAAGCCACUGCGCGGGUUUUCAGUGACUCCCAAACAAUUGGGUAAAUAUUGCAGAAUUACUUUAUAUCAGAGGUCGAAUAAUUGUGAAAGUUUGUAAUAUUUUCUCUUUUCACUUGUUGUUAAGAAAAUGCAAUUAUUGUAUUUUGCGUGCAUUUAAAUAUAAAAGCUUGUUUUGGUAAACAUUAUUUGAGAAUAUUUUCGGCAUUUUAGGGUACCUUAUUUAAAAAAGAAACCAGUCGUCGUCUGUCAGUGUGUAAUGUGUAGGUAAUAUAAUA